GCGACUCACAAGUUUUUGGCAGGGAAAUCUUUGCUAAUUUUGAAAAAGUUACGGACAACCUCAAUGUGUCUGAUGAUGCAGAAGAAAGAUAAACUGUGGAAACUCAGGCCAUGGUUACAAAACCUACGAGAACCAUUUCUUUGCAUACCUCCUGAAGAAUGUCAUGCAGUUGAUGAAAUGAUGGUGCCAUUCAAGGGAAAAUCUCAUCUACGUGUCUAUAUGCCAGCAAAACCUCACAAAUGGGGGUUCAAGAUGUGGGGACGUGCUGGACAAAGUGGCUUUCUUUCUGAUUUUGAUGUUUGUCAAGGUGCAGAAAAUCCAGACAAAGAGAGAUCUGAUGUUGGUGUUAGUGGAGAUGUUGUCCUGAAAAUGACAUCAACCCUUCCAGCAGGAAAAAAAUCACAAAGUUUUUGCAGACAACUAUUUUACAUCAGUUCCACUGGUGGAACACCUAAAAGAAAGAGGAAUCCACUACAUGGGCACACUCCGAAUGAACAGGGUAAAAGACUGCAACAUGAUGGAUGAAAAAGAUUUGAAGAAAAAGGGAAGAGGGUCAAUGGAUUUCAGAGUAAACCAGGACAACAACAUCAUUGUAAGAUGGUUUGACAACAAAGCUGUAAACCUACUUUCUUCUUUCGUUGGCAUCGAACCAGUGGGAAAUGUGAAACGCUGGGAUCGAAAAUCCAAAACACACAUAAUGGUUCCCAGACCAGCCAUUGUUGAAACAUACAACAAGUUCAUGGGAGGUGUUGACCUCCUUGAUAUGCUGUGUGCACUUUACAAGUUCAGCUUCAAAUCCCGAAGAUGGUAUAUGUACAUUUGGUGGCACACUGUCACAGUGGCAGUCAUCAAUGCAUGGAACCUCUACAGAAGAGACCAGAAGAAACUGGAGCCCCGGAUGAAACCCAUGACCUUGCGAAGGUUUCAGGCUUCUGUUGGCACUUCUCUCACAAGCGCAGGAAAGGGCAAAAUCAAGUGUGGCAGACCACUAUCCUCUCCAGAACCGGACGCAACACCCCCCCGUAAAAGGCCUAACUCCAGUGUGCCUCCUGAUGUGAGAAAGGAUGGCAUUGAUCAUUUCCCAACAUGGGAAACCCGACAGAGAUGCAAGCACUGCACAGGCAAUCACUUCUCACAUGUCUACUGUGGGAAAUGUAAAGUCCAUCUUUGCCUGAACAAGGACAGAAACUGUUUUUUUGCCUACCACAAGGCGAAAUAAAAAGGUUGUAAAAAGGUUCCUGUUUUUAAAAAAAAAAAGAACCAAACCAACUGAAAUGUUCCAAAUGCAAUGAACAAUAUUUGUUUGUGUUUCU